GCGCGCGCGAGGCCGGACUUGUUCCCCUUCCGACUGUCCGCGCCCCGCAUGCGCAGUCCGCGCCGGCGCUCUCCGUUUGUUUGAACAGGAAGGCGGACAUAUUAGUCCCUCUCGGCCCCCCUCGCCCCACCCCCCAGGCAUUCGCCGCCGCGACUCGCCCUUUCCCCUGCCGGGACGCAGCCCCUCCCAGUUGCUCCCCAUCAGCAGCGGUAGGGACCAGACUGUCGUCUUCCUCACUGCCUGCUCUUCAGCCUGUGCUCUCCUAAGUCUCCAUCGGGCACCGCCUCGCCCUGCCCCGCCGGACACGGUAGCAGCAACCCCAACAUCAACGGGACAAAAUGAGACAGUGAGGCUUCCCCGCGGGGACCAGCUCUUCCUCAAGACGGAUCGGUGCGUCAGGCCAGGCCAAAUAGAGCCGGGGAUGCGGGGCUAGACCGCCUACUGCGCCUCUGAGUGGAGCGGGCCCGGCCCGUGGCCCGAGCGGCGGCUGCAGCUGGCACAGCUCUUCACCCGCCCUUCGCCUUCGCCUUUCCUCUUCUCCCUCCCCUGCUGCCCCGAGGAGUUUCCACCCUGCUUCUCUUUCUCUCGCCUCUCCUGCCCAUCUCGGGACGGGGACCCCUCCAUGGCGACGGCGGCGGGGGCCCGCUAGGCUGAAGCACCUCGCCGGAACGACGAGGCUAGCGGCGACGGCGUUGUCGGCUGUCGCGAAGGGCUGCCGGGUGGGAUGCGACUUUGGGCGUCCGAGCGGCUGUGGGUCGCUGUUGCCCCCGGCCGGGGGUCUGGAGAGCGGAGGUCCCCUUAGUGAGGGGGAGGAGGGGGAACUGGGCGCACCUGGUGACCCAGAGGUUCCGGCUCCUCAGCCCCGCGGCUACGAACCCACCACGGAGGAAGUUGGUUGAAAUUGCUUUCCGGGCUGGUGCUGGUACAAGGGUAUUGUCACUGUAGCAGCAACAUGUCGACUGGGGACAGUUUUGAGACUCGAUUUGAAAAAAUCGACAACCUGCUGCGGGAUCCCAAGUCGGAAGUGAAUUCGGAUUGUUUGCUGGAUGGAUUGGAUGCUUUGGUAUAUGAUUUGGAUUUUCCUGCCUUAAGAAAAAACAAAAACAUUGACAACUUUUUAAGCAGAUAUAAAGAUACAAUAAAUAAAAUUAGAGAUUUACGAAUGAAAGCUGAAGAUUAUGAAGUAGUCAAGGUGAUUGGUAGAGGUGCAUUUGGAGAAGUUCAAUUGGUAAGGCAUAAAUCUACCAGGAAGGUAUAUGCUAUGAAGCUUCUUAGCAAAUUUGAAAUGAUUAAGAGAUCUGAUUCUGCUUUUUUCUGGGAAGAAAGAGACAUCAUGGCUUUUGCUAACAGUCCCUGGGUUGUUCAGCUUUUCUAUGCAUUCCAAGAUGAUCGUUAUCUCUACAUGGUGAUGGAAUACAUGCCUGGUGGAGAUCUUGUAAACUUAAUGAGCAACUAUGAUGUACCUGAAAAAUGGGCACGUUUCUAUACUGCAGAAGUAGUUCUUGCAUUGGAUGCAAUUCAUUCCAUGGGUUUUAUCCAUAGAGAUGUGAAGCCUGAUAACAUGCUGCUGGAUAAAUCUGGACAUUUGAAGUUAGCAGAUUUUGGUACUUGUAUGAAGAUGAAUAAGGAAGGUAUGGUACGAUGUGAUACAGCAGUUGGAACACCUGAUUAUAUUUCCCCAGAGGUAUUAAAAUCCCAAGGUGGUGAUGGUUAUUAUGGAAGAGAAUGUGACUGGUGGUCUGUUGGGGUAUUUUUAUAUGAGAUGCUUGUAGGUGAUACACCUUUUUAUGCAGAUUCUCUGGUUGGGACUUAUAGUAAGAUUAUGAACCAUAAAAAUUCACUUACCUUCCCUGAUGACAAUGACAUAUCAAAAGAAGCAAAAAAUCUUAUUUGUGCCUUCCUUACUGACAGAGAAGUGAGAUUAGGGCGAAAUGGUGUAGAAGAAAUCAAACGACAUCUCUUCUUCAAAAAUGAUCAGUGGGCUUGGGAAACCCUUCGAGACACUGUAGCACCAGUCGUACCUGAUUUAAGUAGUGACAUUGAUACUAGUAAUUUUGAUGACCUGGAAGAAGAUAAAGGAGAUGAAGAAACAUUCCCUAUUCCUAAAGCUUUUGUUGGCAAUCAGCUACCUUUUGUAGGAUUUACAUAUUAUAGCAAUCGUAGAUAUUUAUCUUCAGCAAAUCCUAAUGAUAACAGAACUAGCUCCAAUGUGGAUAAAAGCUUGCAGGAAAGUUUGCAAAAAACAAUCUAUAAGCUGGAAGAACAGCUACAUAAUGAAAUGCAAUUAAAAGAUGAAAUGGAGCAGAAGUGCAGAACUUCAAAUAUAAAACUAGACACAAUAAUGAAAGAAUUGGAUGAAGAGGGAAGUCAAAGAAGAAAUCUAGAAUCUACAGUGUCCCAAAUAGAGAAAGAAAAAAUGGUGCUACAGCAUAGAAUUAAUGAAUACCAAAGAAAAGCUGAGCAGGAAAAUGAAAAGAGGAGAAAUGUAGAAAAUGAAGUUUCUACAUUAAAGGAUCAAUUGGAAGACUUAAAGAAAGUAAGUCAGAAUUCACAGCUUGCUAAUGAGAAGCUGGCACAAUUACAAAAACAGCUAGAAGAAGCCAAUGACUUACUUAGGACAGAAUCGGACACAGCAGUAAGAUUAAGGAAGAGUCACACAGAGAUGAGCAAGUCAAUUAGUCAGCUAGAGUCCCUGAACAGAGAAUUGCAAGAGAGAAAUAGAAUUUUAGAGACUUCAAAAUCACAAACGGACAAGGAUUAUUACCAGCUACAGGCUGUAUUGGAAGCUGAACGAAGAGACAGGGGUCAUGAUUCUGAGAUGAUUGGAGACCUGCAAGCUCGAAUUACAUCUUUGCAAGAGGAGGUGAAGCAUCUCAAACAUAAUCUUACUCUCAUUUCACAGGAAAAGAAUAAUUUAGAGAUAGAUUUAAACUAUAAACUUAAAUCAUUACAACAGCGGUUAGAACAAGAGGUAAAUGAACACAAGGUAACCAAAGCUCGUUUAACUGACAAACAUCAGUCUAUUGAAGAGGCAAAGUCUGUUGCAAUGUGUGAGAUGGAAAAAAAGCUGAAAGAAGAGAGAGAAACUCGAGAGAAGGCUGAAAAUAGGGUUGUUCAGAUUGAGAAACAAUGUUCCAUGUUAGAUGUUGAUCUGAAACAAUCUCAGCAGAAGCUAGAGCAUUUGGCUGAAAAUAAAGAAAGGAUGGAGGAUGAAGUUAAGAAUCUAACCCUGCAACUGGAGCAGGAAUCAAAUAAGCGACUGUUGUUACAAAAUGAAUUGAAGACUCAAGCAUUUGAGGCGGACAAUUUAAAGGUUUUACAAAAGCAGAUGAAACAGGAAAUAAAUACUUUAUUGGAAGCAAAGAGGUUGUUAGAAUUUGAGUUAGCUCAGCUUACAAAACAAUAUAGAGGAAAUGAAGGACAAAUGCGGGAACUACAAGAUCAGCUUGAAGCCGAGCAGUAUUUCUCGACACUUUAUAAAACCCAGGUAAAAGAACUUAAAGAAGAAAUUGAAGAAAAAAACAGAGAAAAUUUAAAGAAAAUACAGGAACUGCAAAAUGAAAAGUGGUUUGUUCAGCUUGAAGAAACGAACAGCAUGCUAACCAAAGACAUUGAAUUAUUAAGAAAAGAAAAUGAAGAGCUAACUGAGAAAAUGAAGAGGGCAGAGGAAGACUAUAAGUUGAAGAAGGAGGAGGAGAUCGGUAAUCUUAAAGCUGCCUAUGAAAAGAAUAUCAAUACUGAACGAACUCUUAAAACCCAGGCUGUUAACAAGCUGGCAGAAAUAAUGAACCGAAAAGAUUUUAAAAUUGAUAGAAAGAAAGCUAAUACACAAGAUUUGAGAAAGAAAGAAAAGGAAAAUCGAAAGCUACAACUGGAACUCAACCAAGAAAGAGAAAAAUUCAACCAGAUGGUAGUGAAACAUCAGAAGGAACUGAAUGAGAUGCAAGCGCAAUUGGUAGAAGAAUGUACGCAUAGGAAUGAGCUUCAGAUGCAGUUGGCUAGCAAAGAGAGUGAUAUCGAGCAAUUGCGUGCUAAACUUUUGGACCUUUCGGAUUCUACAAGUGUUGCUAGUUUUCCUAGUGCUGAUGAAACUGAUGGAAACCUUCCAGAAUCAAGAAUUGAAGGUUGGCUUUCUGUACCAAAUAGAGGAAAUAUCAAACGAUAUGGCUGGAAAAAACAGUAUGUUGUAGUUAGCAGCAAAAAAAUUUUGUUCUACAAUGAUGAACAAGACAAGGAACAAUCCAAUCCAUCUAUGGUAUUGGACAUAGAUAAAUUGUUUCAUGUUCGACCUGUAACCCAAGGAGAUGUGUAUAGAGCUGAAACUGAAGAAAUUCCUAAAAUAUUCCAGAUACUAUAUGCAAAUGAAGGUGAAUGUAGAAAAGAUGUAGAGAUGGAACCAGUACAACAAGCAGAGAAAACCAAUUUCCAAAAUCACAAAGGCCAUGAGUUCAUUCCUACCCUCUACCACUUUCCUGCCAAUUGUGAGGCCUGUGCCAAACCUCUCUGGCAUGUUUUUAAGCCACCCCCAGCCCUAGAGUGUCGAAGAUGCCAUGUUAAGUGCCACAGAGAUCACUUAGAUAAAAAAGAAGAUUUAAUUUCUCCAUGUAAAGUAAGUUAUGAUGUAACAUCAGCAAGAGAUAUGCUGCUGUUAGCAUGUUCUCAGGAUGAACAAAAAAAAUGGGUAACACAUUUAGUAAAGAAAAUCCCUAAGAAUCCACCAUCUGGUUUUGUUCGUGCCUCCCCUCGAACUCUUUCUACAAGAUCCACAGCAAAUCAGUCUUUCCGAAAAGUGGUCAAAAAUACAUCUGGAAAAACUAGCAGUUAACCAGGCAGCCCAGUGCCUUGUGGAAUCGUGUGGAAAGCUACCUGAAAAACCAGGCUUCUUUAACCAUGCAAAGCAGACAGGCUAUUUCUUUGACACAAAUAUCACAGGCUUCAGGGUUAAGAUUGCUGUUAUUCUGUUCUUGCUUUGGCACAACACACUGAGGGUUUUUUUUUUAUUGCGGGUUUGCCUACAGGUAGAUUAGAUUAAUUAUUACUAUGUAAUGCAAGUACAAUUGGGGGGAAGCUUAGGUAGAUAUAUUUUUUUUAAAAAAGGUGCUGCCUUUUUGAAUUCCUAAGAAAAUGCCUGUCAAUCGUGAUAGAACAGAGUUUUCCUCAUAUGAGUGAGAGGAAGGGACUUUCACUUUCAAGUGGAAUGGCCAUCACUAUCAAGAUCAGCUCAUGGAAGGAGUAAUAAAAAUAUCUCAAAAUGAGACAAACUGAAGUUUUUUUUAAAUGACUUAAAUUUGCGUGCUCUUGCAAGACUCUACAAAACUAUUUUAGUAAAGCAGUGGUAUCACUUGAACUUCAGUGCCCUCACUGUAGAAUUUAAAAGCCUUACUGUUGAUUGCCCAUGGAGGACUGGAUGGAGAAGUUAAAUGUCUUACAUUAUGCUUUACAAAAUACUGUAUAUGUUUCAGCAAGUUGGGGGAGUGGGAGAAGACAAGAAAAAAUUACAUUUAAUCUAUGCAUUUUGCCAAGCCAUAUUGAGUUACUUUACUACUAGAGACAUUAGGAACUAACUGUACAAAAGAACCAACUUUAAAAGCAUUUUGUGGGGUACAUCAUUUCUGUAACUGUAUAAUGUGUUUCUUUGUGGUUUUAAGUGAUAAAGACAUUAAGUUAACAAACAUAUAAGAAAUGUAUGCACUGUUUGAAAUGUAAAUUAUUCUUAGAACACUUUCGAUGGGAAUUGCAUUGCCCUUUUAGUGCCUUAAAUUUGAGAGAAUUAUUUUACUGCCAUGAGUAAGUAUAGAAAUGUCAGAAAACUUAUUUUCAAAAAAUUAUGUGUGUCAGUGGUUUUUCUCCUUAAUAAUUGGUUUAAUUUAAAAUAGAGGUUUGUUGGACUUUCAUAAAUUGAGUACAAUCUUUGCAUCGAACUACCUGCUAUAAGGACUUUAUAAAACUAGCUGCAAAAAAAUGUAGAAGGUUGCACCAAUAUAAAAAGAAAAUUAUGGCAAUACAUUCGUGAUGUUUUCCAGUUAACAUAGGAAUAACCAGAUAAAUACUGUUAAACUCUUGUCUAAUGACAAGAGCUGAUUCAUGUGGGCAGUAUGAUUUAUUGUUUCUUUUUUAACCAAAUACCUCCUCAGUAAUUUAUAAUGGCUUUGCAGUAAUGUGUGUCAAAUAAGAAGCACUGGAAAACUGAUCGUCUCUAGGAUGAUAUGCAUGUUUCAAGUGGUAUGAAAGCCGCACUGAUGGAUAUGUAGUAAUAAACAUAUCUGUUAUUAAUAU